CUUUAUGUUAGUGGAAUGUUGUUGCUUCUUGGGAAUAGGUUAAAAAUUAAAGUCUUGCCAGAUAUUUUUGGAUGUAUUAACGUGAACAAAGACUUUCAAACGAGAGAGAGAGAGCACAUAAGUGUUACUUUGUGUCAAUAAGAAUACACAAAGAGAGUAUAAGUACUUGAAACGAGAGAGAGAGAGAAAGAGUUUAACACACGCUUCUAACCAAACUCUUCUUGACUACGGCGGUGGCGACGGCGCUAAGCGUUUUCAGGUUCCGAUGAGUGAAAAGCUUGUGUUCAGAAGCAGUAGCGGUGGUGACUACUACGGUACUCAUGGAGCUCCAUACGGAGAGUAUAUGGAGAAGAGACAGUUGUUUCUCAGAAGCUACCAGUUUUCAAGAAAACAGAGCUUCACUGAGAAAGUUUCAAGAUCUGUUAAAAGAGUGAAACGAGUUGUGUUAACGAGAUUUAGAUCAGCUCGGAAGUUGAAACGCGUCGUUUGGUCUCGCCUUAGAACGGCGUUUUUCUACCGCCGGAGACGCUUUUGUAGACUUCUUCACUUACACGAACCUUGUUAUUGUUUCUAAAUGGUUUAGAAUUUUAUCUUUCAGUGUUUGUUUGUUUCGUCUUUAAUUGUGUUAUGCUUGGAUUAAUCACUGUAUAAUCUCGUUGUUUAGUUGAAGUUUGGACUUUCGAUUAUUUAAUAAACUUUUUCUUAAUUUUAUGUA